AUGGCGGACGCUCUCUCGAUCGAGCAGAACAACAAAAUCCGAGUGGCACUCGGCCUUAAGCCACUCCCCGUCCCCGGCGCCGGUCCAUCCUUCAAGGAAGACGAUAGCGAAAGCGACAGCGGUUCCGAAUCCGAAGAAGAGCCUGCGAGCACAGUUGAAACCCGACAAGCACAGGGCUAUGACAACUGGAAGAAGCUCCAGGAUGAUGCCGAAGCGAAAAAGAAGCGAGAGGCGCGGAGUGCUGCCAUCAAAAAGGCUCGCGAUGCGGCUCAGCGAAAUUUACAGCUCGAGGGUGCCACCCUUGGAGAGGCUGAUGGCGAACUCGACACCAAGUCUUGGUUGAUGCAGUCGAAAAAGCGCACCAAGAAGAUCGAGAAAGAGCGCGCGCGCAAGCUCGCCGAAGAGCUGGAGGAGCGGGAACGCGCUGCUGCGGUCGAGUACACGGCUGCAGAUCUUGCCGGUGUCAAGGUCGGACAUGCUGUCAACGAUUUUGAAGGUGGCGAAGACCAUAUCCUGACUCUGAAGGAUGCGGCUGUGGACGACGACGAGGAGGGGGACGAGCUUCAGGAUGUCAACUUGGUCGAUAAGGAAAAGACCCAAGAGAGACUGGAACUGAAGAAGAACAAGCCCGUUUACGACCCUACUGCCGAAAACCAGGGUAUCCUGUCACACUACGAUGAAGAGAUCGAAGGGAAAAAACGCAAAAGAUUUACACUCGAUGCCAAGGGUUCAACCGAGGAGGAAAGAGAGGCCAAGCGACAAGAGGUUUCUGAACGAUUGAAGAAGGGCGCCAUCACUCUCGACCUCGAACCCGAAGUCCCGACAUCGGAUUACAUGGAUAUCAGCGAAGUUAAGAUCAAAAAGCCGAAAAAGAAGAAGAGCAAGACUACGAAACAAAGAGCCGUGAUCGACGAUGAAGACUUGUUUGGCGGAGCUACACCAACAGGCGAUUCAUCUAUGGAUAUCGACUCUACAAAUGGAGCUUCGGCUCCUGCUCCACGAAAGGUGAUCGACCAGAACAUCUCUUUUGUGGAUGACGAUGAUUUGCAAGCCUCUCUCGCGGCCACACGACGCGCCGCAUUCAAGAAACGCAAGAAGAUGCGCCCCGAAGAUAUCGCCCGACAGCUUCGCGAGGAAGAAUCUCAAACUCCCAUGGAGGUGGAGACACCAGAGGAAGCUGCCGACGAGCCAGGUCUUGUUAUUGACGAAACCUCGGAAUUCGUCUCCAAUCUUCACAAAUCCACCAUUCCCGAGCGGGAAGAGCGACGAGCAGAGCCCUCGAUCGAAAAGCCUGCCGAGGAGCCCGAGGCAGAAACUGAAGAUGUGGAUAUGGAGCAAUCAUACAACGAUGUUGAGGAUGACGAGGAUCUUGCGGCGCGCCUCCAGCGCGAAAAAUCCCAGGAGGAUAAGCAAAAGCUCACUGGCACUGGUUUAGAAGAAGAAGCUACACUAGACCAGGGUCUAGGAUCUACAUUGUCCAUGCUACGACAACGAGGCCUGGUCAAGGAAACAGACAGUGGAUCUAGCAACGCCCUGACCCGCGACCGACAACGUUUCCUCGCAGACAAGGCCAAUCGUGAGGUCGAUGCCGAUCGCCGCGCCAGAACCCAACGUGAGCGUGACCGUGCUUCCGGCAAGUUGGACCGCAUGUCUGCGCGCGAGCGUGAAGAAUACGCCCGUUACGAGAACAAGCAACGCGACCAACAGGAGGCGCGUGAAAUGGCUCAAGUCUUCAACCGCGAGUACAAGCCCGAUGUGCAAUUGAAAUACGUGGACGAGCACGGGCGAUCAAUGAACCAAAAGGAGGCAUUCAAGCACCUCAGUCACCAGUUCCACGGCAAGGGCAGCGGCAAAAUGAAGACAGAGAAGCGAUUGAAGAAGAUCGACGAGGAAAAGAAGCGCGAGGCGAUGAGUGCACUAGACAGCAGUCAACACACCGGCAUGAACAAUGCGAUGGAGGAGACGGCGCGUAAGAAGCGCCAGGCUGGUGUGCGACUAGGAUGA